CUCUGCUUUGGUUCCUUCUGCCACAGUGAACUGAUGAACCAUCUAAAAUCAGAGAUGAAGAUUCUCUGGGUGAUUCUAGUGGCUUUCUCUGGACUAAUGGAGACCAUGUCAGAUCGUUUUAAUGUAGUGGGUCCAGCUGCUCCUCUUGUUGCUGAAACUGGUGAAGAUCUGAUUCUGCCCUGUUCCCUUCAGCCCAACAUCAGUGCUGAGGGAAUGAUGGUGGAGUGGCUUAGAACAGAUCUGACUGAUAGACUGGUCCAUCUGUACAAAGAUUAUAAAGACACAAAUGAUGGUCAGAUUAAGACAUACAGAGGGAGAACAGCUCUGUUUAAAGAAGAACUGAAGAAAGGAAACACCUCCCUUAAACUGUCAGCACUCCAACCUUCUGAUGAGGGAUCUUACAAGUGUUUAAUUACAUCUGAAUCCUGGUAUGAGGACUUUACUCUUCGUGUUGAAAUUAAUGUACGUUUGAAACUAGUUGGAGCAGCUGCUCCUCUUGUUGCUGUAGCUGGUGAAGAUCUGGUUCUGCCCUGUUCUCUCCAACCCAGCAUCAGUGCUGAGGGUGGGAUCGUGGAGUGGAUCAGACAGCAUGAGACGGACAGACAAGUUCACCUGUAUGAAGAUUAUAAAGACAGAAAUGAUAAUCAGAUGGAGUCUUACAGAGGGAGAACAGCUCUGUUUAAAGAAGAACUGAAGAAAGGAAACGCCUCACUGAAACUCUCAGCUCUCCAACCUUCUGAUGAUGGAGCUUACAAGUGUUUAAUUAGAUCAUUUGGCUGGAAUGAUGAUGUGACUCUGUAUGUUGAAGUUAAAGGAAAAGGAUUUCAUGGUUGGAAGAUUGCCAUUAUCUGCAUUUUUAUUUUUGCUGUUAUUUUAACUGCCUUUAUAGCAUACAUCUUAAAAGAUAAAUAUUCAAAAAAGCAGCUCUCUCCUACAGAGUGCUCAGUUAUAACCUACAUGCGUCUCCACACCGAGAAUCCCCGCAAAGAGCUGGACCUGAACAAAUUCAACACAUCAGAGGAAGGAUACAGGAGACUCAUUCCAGCUGUAUCAAACUGCAGGAAGGCUCAAUUAGCUGGCUGUAAUCUCACUGAACAGGCUAUUGAAACCUUAAGUACAGCUCUACAGUCAGAAAACUCCACCCUGAAAGAGCUGGAUCUCAGUAACAACGACCUGCAGGGAUCAAGGAUGGAGAAACUCUCUGCUGCAUUAAAGAGUUCAAACUGUAAACUGGAGAUACUCAGGUUAUCUGUGUGUAAACUCAGUGAACACUCAUGUGAGAAUCUGCAGUCAGUUUUACAAUCAGAAAACUCCUCACUGAAAGAGCUGGACCUCAGUGACAACAACCUGGAGGAUUCAGGAAUGGAGAAAAUCUCUGCUGGACUGAAGAGUUCAAAUUGUAAACUGGAGAUACUCAGACUUGCUAUUUGUACACUCAGUAAACAGUCCUGUAAUACUCUUCAGUCAGUUUUACAAUCAGAAAACUCUCUGAAAGAGCUGGACCUCAGUGACAAUGACCUGACGGACUCAGGAGUGGAGUUGCUCUCUGCUGAACUGAACAAUUCACACUGUAAAAUAGAGCGAGUCAGUCUUGCUAUGUGUGAACUCAGUGAAAAAUCCUGUGAGACCCUGCAGUCAAUUUUACAAUCAGAAAACAGUUCUCUGAAAGAGCUGGACCUCAGUAGAAAUGAACUGGAGGAUUCAGGACUGGAGAAACUCUGUGCUGGACUGAAGAGUCCUCACUGUAGACUGGAGAUACUCAGAAUUGAUUAUUGUAAUCUUCAAGGACUUUGCUGUGAAACUUUGGGAUCAGUUUUAAACCUGGAAAACAACUCCCUGAAAGAACUGGACCUCAGUAACAAUGACCUGCAGGAUUCCAUAGAGAAACUCUCUGAUGGACUCAAGAGUUCACACUGUAAACUGGAAACUCUCAGACUAGCUUUGUGUAAUCUUGGGGAACAGUCCUGUGAGAGUCUGGGAUCAGUUUUAAAACUGGAAGCCUCCUCUCUGAAAGUGCUGGAUCUCAGUAAUAAUGACCUGCAGGAUUCAGGAGUGGAGAAACUCUGUUCUGAACUGAAGAGUUCACACUGUAAACUGGAGAUACUCAGGUUAUCUGGUUGUAUGAUCACAGAGAAAGGAUGUUCAUCUCUGGCUUCAUCUUUAAGUUCAAACCUGAAAGAACUGGAUCUGACCUACAAUAACCCAGGAGAGUCUGGAGUGAAGGAGCUCUCAAAUAAACUGAAGGAUCCACGCUGCAAACUCAGCACACUCAGAGUGGAGCAUGGAGGGAGCAUCAGAUUGAAAACAGGACUAAAGAAAUACGGCUGUGAUCUCACACUGGAUCCAAACACAGCGAACAGUGAUCUCUCUCUGAGUGAAGAGAACAGGAGGGUGAAGAGAGGAGGAAGGGGAGAGGAGCAGGAGUAUCCUGAUCAUCCAGAGAGAUUUGAUGUGUGGGCGCAGGUUCUGAGUAGAGAGAGAGUUACUGGACGCUGUUACUGGGAGGCUGAGUGGAGCGGAGAGAGAGGAGCUGCUGUAGCUCUGAGUUAUAAAACCAUCAGCAGGAAAGGAGGAGGUUUAGACUCUUGGUUUGGAGAGAAUGAAAAGUCCUGGAUUCUGAAUAUCUAUAAUAACAGAUACUCUGUUCUUCACAAUAAUAACAGAACUGAUCUCCCUCCUCCUCCCUCUCCCUCUAACAGAGUAGGAGUGUAUGUGGACUGUCCCGCCGGCACUCUGUCCUUCUACACCAUCUCCUCUCAUACACACACACCCUCCUCACACACACCCUCCUCACACACACCCUCACACACCCAAACACUCACACACCUACACACAUUCUACACCACAUUCACUGAACCGCUCUAUGCUGGGUUCAGACUUAUAUUUUUUAACUCCUCAGUGCAUCUGUGUGAUAUAAAAUAGUGUGUGUGUGUGUGUGUGUGUGUGUUUGUUUAUGACUGUGUGUGUAUGUGUGUGGGCGAGAAAUAGAUUGUGAGUGAUGGUGUUUGUGUGAGAGUGUGUAUGUGCUUUUGUGUGUGUGUCUGAAAGAGAGAGAGAGAGAGAGAGUGUGUGUGUGUGUGUGUGAAAGAGUGUAAGUGUGCAUUAGUAUAUGUCUGAGACUGUGUGUGUGUUUGUGUGAGAAUGGGUGUGUGUGCAUUUUGUGAAAGAGAGUUUGUGUGCACUUAUCGAAUCUUCAUCAUAAUAAUAUACAAUUAAAUUGUUUAUGUAAAUAUAUUGUUUAUGAUUAUGAGUUUAUUAUUAUUGGUAAUUAAAUCAUUAUGAUUGUAAAUAUAUUGUGUAUGAUUGUGAGUUUAUUGUUAAUUAUUGGUAAUUAAAUCAUUAUAAUUGUAAG